UUCAGUAAAUUCACUAUUAGCAAACAAAAAGUUUACAAUGUUAUAAAAAAAAAUUAGAAACGCAAAUAGAGAAAAAAUUUCCAAGAAAUAGAAACAAUGAAGGAAGAGAAAUAAAAAAAAUAAUGGAAUUGAGAGACCAUUACAAAGAGUAUUGAAUACGCAACAGAAUAAAAUGGAUUUCGUAAUUUUUAGUUUCUUUGUUCGUUCAACGAAGUAAAACGACUUUACUCUCGAGACGUUUUUAAUAAAUAAUUUUGAAACCAACGACUCCUUAAUUGUUUCAAGGACACGCUAUUGACUUAUUGUAUUGUAUUAAUUAAAUAUACAUAAGAAAUUAAUCAUCUAUAAACAAAUACAAAUACAACAAAUAAGAAUAUUAAAAAAUACAUUAAAAAAACAAUAAGUUCAAACAAAUUUAUUGUAAAUUGUCGAUUUUUGAAGUCUACUCUUAUUGAUAUUCAAGGUCCAUAUAGUUGAUUUUUUCACUCUCUUGGAGUAGAAGCUCCGAACGAGAGAUUUGAAAAAUCAUUAGGAAGACGACAGACCCAAGGGAAAGAAUAAAAACAAAGCAUUUGACAUGUCUGCUGAUUCGCCCAGGCGUUCAUCUGGCAGCGCCAGCCGUGGAUUGGUGGCUGUACCAGCCAUAGUACCACCCCAGGUUGUUAGUGAUCGAUCUAUUUUGGAUUCUGCUAUUGGUUUUAUAAAUGAAGUUACUUUAGCCCAUCAGCCUCCAAUAGAUCCAAAAGAUACCAUAACUUGGGCAAGAUUUGAAACAGCUGCUGAUAUAAGCGACCCUCGUUUUGGGGAAGAUUGGGAAUUAGAAGGCAAUGUUGCACCUCCUCUACUUCUUAUUUUGGGAUAUGGUUUGGGUGUUCAAGUGUGGGCUAUACCUGCUAACGGCGAAGCUGUUGAAGUGCUUUCUUGGCGACAUGGUAUAGUUUCAGCCUUAAGAGUUCUUCCAACUCCUGUAACAACACUUGCUGUCGAAGAAAAUGGUCGUGCCGACGAACCCAUUGAUGCUUUUGGGGAGAAAAGGCCUUUAAUUGCUCUAGUUGAUGGGAGCUCAACGUCGGGUUCUCAGCCCCAGUUUUGUGCAGUAAACUUUAUAUCGCUCAAAAAUGGCGCGCAGGUGAAAACGAUCAAGUUUAAAAAUCCUGUUAUUGAUAUACUGGCCAAUCGUUCUUCGGUUGUAAUUACUUUUCAUGAACGUAUUGCAGUUUUUGAUGCCCGAACAUUAGAGGAUCGUUUAUCGAUUACAACAUGCUAUCCCAGUCCAGGCAUCAAUCCUAAUCCCGUUGCCUUAGGACCUCGAUGGUUAGCAUAUGCAGAAAAUAAACUUUUGCAUUCUAAACGCAGUGGAGGCGGCUGUGAUGGGGAUGGCGUAGCAAGUUAUACAGCCACCGUAUUAAACGCAUCGAAAUCUUUAGUAAAAGGUUUGAGAGAGUUAGGCGAACAAGUCGCUGCUGGAUUGACGGGUACUUCCGGCAUUGCUGUUAAUUCAAAGAAUGCGUCUUUUGAUUCAGGUUGUGGACUUGAAACAAAACAAUCUGGUAUAGUUACCAUUAUAGAUAUAAAGAAUCCCCUUAGGGAUUACAGUCCCACAUCAGGUGUGCCAACAUCAAGCAAACAAACUGCGGGAACGGAUUCGAUUAUAGCUCAUUUUAUAGCGCACUCAGAAGCGUUAGUUGCAAUGGAGUUUGAUAACUCGGGAAUGGUUUUAGUAACCGCUGAUCGUAGAGGGCACGAUUUUCACGUGUUUCGCAUCCAACCUAAUCCUGUGGGAUCCAGUCUCGCGGCUGUACAUCACCUAUACAUAUUACAUCGUGGUGAUACUAGUGCCAAAGUGCAAAACAUUUCAUUAACGUUGGAUUCUCGCUGGGUUGCUGUAUCAACACUUCGUGGCACAACUCAUGUUUUCCCCAUUACACCAUACGGAGGUGCUAUGGGUGUUAGAACUCACACGUCUCUACAUGUGGUUAAUAAAUUAUCUCGUUUUCAUCGUUCUGCCGGCUUGUCGGCUGACGGGCGUUCUAAUUCGCCUAUAUCACAUUCGGAGAGUACAACAUUUACUCAAUCACUACAGCCUUAUCAUAAUUCAGCAUUACCACCAUUUCCUCGCCCAACGGUAGUUAUGCCGUUGGCUCAAUUAAGACAACCUUUUGCUCUGGGCUCUCCACCAGGAUCGGCAACUUUGGCAGGAGUUAAAUCUGUUGCAGGUAGCUCGGGUUCUGGAUCGCAACGUCAAAGAUUAUCCUCAUUAUCAGAUGACAGCGGAAAACCGCUAAGUGUCUGUGCUAUUUUUGCAAAAUCACGUUCGUGGCUUUUAGACCCCCCCAAUGUUACUCGAGAAGCUCCACACCGUAUGCAACGCAAAGCUGUAGAUUCGUUGUUUGUAAUGGCCGGACACGGUGCCCUUAUACAAUAUGAUUUGGAUACAAAACUUGCUUCAAAUGUUGCCAAAGAAAAAAUAUGUGACGAUACUCCCAUUGAAUUGGAAGUCGAGGCUAAAGCUCAGUGGGAUUUGGGUAGGCGUAAAGAAGGAUCUCAAGAGAUAAUGCCGCCUCUAUCCGCUGAUAAUUGGUUAAUUAAAAACCGAAAUUCUUGCAUGCUAACCGAUAGCUCUCGCCAAUUCGAUGACUCAGAUGAUCGGAGCGAAUCAUGGCUAGCACAAGUUGAAAUUAUAACACAUGCAGGACCACAUCGGCGUCUCUGGAUGGGACCGCAAUUUGUUUUCAAAACUUACAACACACCAAGCGGGUCUAACUUAAGCCAUGUCGACAUUGAAGCCGUAGAAAUAGGUACAACAAAAUCUAACACUACUACCACAUCCGAAAAAAUUGAUCAUUCAAGCCCUUUGAAUAUGCCGUUAACGUCAACAGGCCGUUCAAGUGCUGUACCAGUUCUUAUUGAAUCUGGAUCAUACAGCAGCAUUGAACAAAGUCCCAAAUUGAUGGAUCGUUUCCGACAUGAUCAUCUGGAUUCUGACUUUUCAGUAGCUCAUGGUGAUUCUCGUUUAAAAGAAGAUUUAGCUGAUGCAAUGCGUGAAUCGCCUUCUGCAGCUGCUUCAUCGAAAGACACCGGUGGUCAUGGUUGUGAAACUGCCGGUUCAAGUGAUAAUGUUGCUUUUUAUGACGCACUAACAGCUGAGGAUGAUAAAGACUAUAUUCACGCUAGUUCAGCUUCGGCAGCUGCCCUCGCCAGUGUUCUACCUAAUAUUCAUUCGUAUGACAACAGUUCGAGUUAUGAGUCCCUAGAUUCAAUUAAGAAACCAACCGCUUCUAUUGAGAAAAUUGUGAAUCCCUUAGGAACGGUGACGACUGUUACAUCUUGCCUAACUGCCGACGUUAAAACAGAUAUUUUAGACGAAGUUGUUUCUCAGCUAGCUGCAGAAGAUACAAUAAUACAUGAAAACUGCGAUGAAAGUCUGUUUCGUCCUGUAGUGGCAAUAUUUUGUGAUGAAAAGACUAUUCUUCAAAACGAAGAAGAAGCUCGAAAAAACAACGAGCAGUAUCAGGCUCCUGAAACUAUAAGCAAUAAACUUGUUGUUCCAGUCAUAGCUAAAGAAGUUGACGAUGAACUCAAUAAGCGAGAAAAGGAAAAGACCAGUGCAAUCAGGUCAAAGGCAACACUUGCGAAAAACAAGGGAAAAGAUAAAACUGAUUUUGAAGAAUUGUCAUCAUUAAAUAAAAAACCAAAAGAAAUUCAGCUAAAAGGUCAUAAAACAUGCAAUUUAAAAAAAGACACAUUGGGUGAAGAAAUUAAUUUUCAUGAGAGUAAAUCUUUACUUUUAACAAGUGAAAAUCAAAAACAAGAAUGUUCUCUAUCCGGAAAAGUGUGUGAGAAAAAGAAAACAGAAACUGGAUUGUCAGGGAAUCCACCUUCUUUAAAAGAAAUUUCAACUGAGCUAAAGAUUACCCAAAAAGUGUGUGACAUAACCGCAACUUCAGUUAGAUCAAAGAAGGAGAUGCACAUUCAAGGCGGAGCUACACAUUCAAUGAAAAAAUUUGAACAGUCAGUGGAAAUUGCAGAAAUAAAGUCAAACAAAACUGAUAAAGUUGCUCGAUCAAAAAUUCAACAAAAAAUGGAUGCUAAAAAGCAACCCCAAAAUGAUUUUGAAGAAUCUGAAAUUAAUAAUACAAAAACAAAAACAGAAAAAAAAUCUAUUGUUGUAGAAAACAAAGAUAAUCAUUCGAAUGUAAAAGAUAUUUUGAUAAAGGAAGAAGCUAAUGUAACGAAAGAUAAUUCUAAAAAGACUUUAAAAAUACGAGAACAAGACAAUGCAGUAAACAUCAAGAAUGCUAAUAAGUUCGUCAAAGAUAAAUGCAUUGAUGUGAAUGCUACUGCCACGAUUUCUCCUAAAUCAGAUCAAAUUGAAAUUACAAAAAUUAAGCCGGAUAACGAAAAUGUAGGAAACAAUUUAGAACCAAAUAUAAGAAACAAAAAUGAAAACCUAACAUCACAUAAUUUAAUAAAAAGUAACACUGCCAUAAAAGAAAAAGGAAAUAAAACAAAUGAUUUGAUUAAAACCAAUAAAUCGGUCGUAAAUGACGUUUUAUUAACUAAGCAACAUAAUGACCAGCAAUUAGGUGGAAGUGUAGUUGAAAUAAAAAAAGACGAAAAGACAAUUAUUAAAACAGAUAAUCAUAAAAUCAUUGAAACGUUAAAUCCUUUCAUAUGCGAAGAAAAGGACAUAUGCAAGCUAAGUUUGGAUUUAAACAAAGAAGAAAUAGUCAAUAUACCUUCAAAGGAUGAAUCUGAUUUUACAAAUAUGGCUUUUAGUAAAGACCAUGAACUGCAGGGAAGGAAUCAGACCAAAAAAAACAGCAUUAAAGCGAAGAACAAUGAAACGCCAAAUAAUGAAAAUUGUAUUGAAUUGAGAAAAGGUGAAAAAGCUAAAGGAAAAGUUAUUGCAUGUAAAGAACAAAACAUCACUGAUAUUUCAAGUAAUAAUACUACAAUAUUAGAUGACGAAAAUGAAAUAAAUGAAGAAAUUGUCGAGUCCGAUCCUGAAUGCACAAUAACAGAAUAUAAAGAUAAAUCCGGCAAGAAUAAAUCGGAUAAAAGUGAGUUGAAAAGAACAAAGAGCAAUGAGAGAGAAAGCUCGGAUUCCAUUAAAAUUAUAGAGGAUAAUUGUGAAAAGGAUAUGCUAAUUAAUAAUUCCGGAGGAAGUGCAAAAGCUAAAAACAUAGUUAAUAGUCAGACUAAAAAGACAAAUUCAUUGGAAAUUGUCAUUAAACCCGAAGAACUCAAAAAUGAAAAAGAGAAUAAUAAUGUCGCAAACAUUGAAAUUGUAUCUUUUGAACUAAAAGAAGUAGAAACUAAAGAAGAAAUAAAAAAAAUAAGCGAUGCAUCUGUCAAAAAUCAAAUUAAUGAUGAAACAAGUGACUCCGAAUUGGUUAUAUUGACUGCAGACAAUUUGCAGGUGUGUAAGGACUUUGAUUUAACUAAAACUAAACAAGAUAGGAAAAAUAAACUUAAAGAAAACUCGAGAAUCACUCAAGAUUUGAAGAUUACUAACAAAGAUCUUCAAAAGGAAAAGGAUUCGCCCGAUAAUAAAACGGAUACUAAAGCAGCGAUAAGUGAAACUAUGCACAAUGCAUCGACGCCAACUUCACCAAAAAAGAAGGGUAAAGGAAUUUCCAAAGAUGAACUUAAAAAAUGUGUAGAUUUAAGUAAAGAACCCGCAGCGGAUUUAUCUUCAUUUACUAAAGAGAAUUUAGAUAAUGAAAAAUGUACUAAGGAGGAGAGCAUUGAUAAAAAGGACAUUGAUAAAUACGAUAAAGUAAAAAUUAAAGGUAAUUCAAAUGAAAAAGAAUUGCUAGAAAACACGCUAAGUUUAUAUGGAAAACCAAACAAAUUAGUAAAUAAAACAAUAAAUCCUCCCCUACCGCUAACGUCUGCCUGGAAAACUUUAAGUGGAGCGGAAAUGAUAAAUAAAAAUCUUUGCAAAUCUGGCAGUAAAUUGAAUAUUUCUGAUAAGUUGCUACCUGAACUGCCUACUCCAAAUGAAAUGGAAAAACAAACAAGUUUUGAUGAAUUUUCAAUUUUGAAAUCUUUGGAUCCAUUACCGCCGUUACCAGCUCUUGAGCCCCUGCAGUUAAUGUCAGAAAAUAAAAGCAACUCUUUAAGGGACAUCAGUUUGAUUAAUUUUGAAAGUCCUUUACAAGAAAAUCCAGCAUUGCAACGAAAAAUAACUCCCGCUCCUCGUGGUUUUACGGAACAAAAUCUUAUUCUUGCUCUUUGUGGAUCUUUACAUUAUGAAAAUGAACACUCACUCGGUUCUACAGAAAAUACUGAACUAUCACCCGCAUUCUCAUCAAAUCAUUCUUCUGCAGCUUUUGAGGACCCUUCCCUAGCCGAUUAUAAAUCUCUGAAUGAGAAUGACGAUCCCUACAUGAGCUUGGAACAAAGUUCGCAGGAAACAAAUACGACCACUACCAAUACAACCAAUGAUAAGUUUUCUUCAUCCACAUAUUCUUCAGGAUCGGAAGAAAUUGUUAUCAUGGAGGAAAAGAAAAUGACAAAAAAACAAAAACGCAAAAAGCAACAGCAAAUAAAGGAAAUUCAAAAACAAAAGGAACAACAACAACACCAAGAAAUAGAUGAUGAAGAAUUAAUACCUUUAAUAGCCAUGACAGAAUCCCAACUUGACCAGGCAACAACAGUUUCAGAUGACACUUUGCCAGCAUUAACCGCAAAAUGUGUUAAAAAUCAACCUUUGAGAGCACAGACACUUAUACACUCGACUACUACAGACAGUGAGGGUCCCAUGCCAGCAACAACAUCAGACGAUAAUGUUUUUUCUAUCCCCGUUUCAACAGUUCAUAAUCAACAUAAAAUAAAAACAAAAAAACUAGAACACAAAAUUAAUUUGAUUGCCGCUAUUGAAGCCGCAACAUCUUCGUCAACGUCAUCAGCUGAAGAAAGUGGCGUUGAGUUAGGAGGUCGUUCUUCACACGACAAUGACGAAUCAUUGAUCUCGGUAUCAAGUAGUGUAUCUACUUCUACCAUACCACUUCCCAUUGUUACAACGCCCCAAACAGCAGUGGGGGCUUUAAAAAAGAAAACCAAACGACGCAAGAGAUAAGAAUUAGCCAUUUGUUUGUUUUGUAUUUCUUGUUUAAUAAUCAUUUAUUACUUCUACAUCGUGUAUUUUAGAUAUUAUAUAGAAUCUGCAAACGGCUACGAUACAUCGAAAUCAUUUAAAGAACCAUUCUUGUCGAACGAAUAAUAUUUCUAUGGUAUUUAUACAUUCAAGCAUAUGUACAUUAGGGUGGCUCCGAAAAAGUUGUGUAUGUUCGCAACUAAAAAAUAUAAAAGUAAUAACCACAUUAUUUCUUUUAUCGUAUACAACAAACAGAAAACAUUAAAAAUGUUCAUCACAAAGAAAACAUGAGAAAUAAAUAACAUUUUAUUUUGGGUGAAAUUCUAACUAGAUUAAAUUUCGAAAAACGGAAAAAAUCUUUUCGAUGAAUUUAUGUUAAUUUAAUUUAAACGGAUAACUUGAAAUAGUUCUAUCUCAAAAUUAAAUAAAAAUUAAAAAAGCGCCUUUCAAAAGCCUUUCACAUGAUACCAAAAUUUUAUAUGUUUCCAUUGCGAGAAAUAUGGAAAACUAUAAAACCCAUAAAAAAGUACCUUUUUAUCCAUAGAUCCAGCUCACCAAAUAUUGACGCCAGGACAAACAUUUUGAGAAAUGGUCUCCCCAAACAAACUAAACGUUAAUUUUAGUUGGGAACAUUAACCCAUUAUUUUUCCUCUAAUGUCAUAUGUACAAUGUACAUAUGACUUUGUACAUAUAUGUCUUUAUAAAUGUAUCGAUGAUUUCAUGCUACAUCGUCCAAAAAUUUACCUAGUGUCUUCAGAUUUUUUCAUAUUCAACACACAAACAAAUACUCCAUAGAGCUGUUUAGAAUCUUUAUGAUUUUAGAAAUAUUUUCACAAAUUGAAUCAAAUUUAAUACAAAACAGUAAAAUGAAAAAUAAUUCACGACACCAUUUCUUCACACGCAGUAUUGCGAACAUAACAACAUUACGUAUUAUGUUUGUUGUAUUUGCGCAUUUGGUCUUCACGAUUUCAAUGUUUUUAAUCAUCUAUGAAAAUGUGUAUAACAGCAAUAGAGUAAAUUUAAAUAUGAUUAGAUUAGAAAAUAUUAUUUCUAUGGUUUUUAAAAAUGCAAUUAUCAUAUAUGAAAUCGCGUGUCUGCGUGCGUUUAGUUUUCUUGCAGAGGAACGGCCAAAUGUUUCAUGUUUGACAUUCUUAAAUAUUAUAUGCUUAGUUUUUGAGUUAUUAUUAAAGCCCCCAUUGUAUUUAUGUAAGUUCUUGCUAUUGAUGAAACCAGAUUUGAAUUGCUCAUAAACAUAUCGAGCCAUAACCGCCAAAAAUACGUAAGCGCCAUGAGUAUCAAUUUUCGUUUUUUGAUAAACAUCGAUAGCUCUCGAUCAUUCACAUCAUCUCACAAAAUACCAUCGCUAUGAUUUUACAGCAAAAACAAUUUAGAAUUAAGUACAAUUUAUUGUUUUUUCUACUUAUUUUGUGAACAUGAAGUGGCGAUUACGUCUUUAUUCGUUUCAACAUAUUAAUUAAUAUUAGUCUUUUAAUAUUAAAAUCGUUAAUUUGAAUUUUUGUACACGAAUAUAAUAUGACCAAAAUAAAAAAAUGUAAACACUAAGUUGUGUUUUUAAAAAAUUUGGAAGGGUGUAACUGCCAGCGAAAAGGACGUAAGCGACAUAAAUACCCGUUAUCUUGGAAAUAUAUGAAAUAAAAUAAGUGCAAUGUAUAGUUUAGAAGUAACAGUGCAUACAUACAUACGUAUUCAAUUUCACGGUAAUACUUCGCCUUGAAUAUUUAAAAAAAACCUUUCCCUGUAAAUUUUGGUUUUUGGCGCUUACGAUUUUUUUGCGGUUAUGACUCGAUAUAUUUAUAAUUUGAAUUAUUUAAAAUUCUUGAACAAUCUAUACAAAAACAAACAAAUAUAAUUAAAAAUAUGUAAUCGUAAAAUUAAUAAAAUAUCUCAAAAUGUUUGAGAAAUCUUUUAAAUAUUCACAUAAAACUAUUUUUGAGAUCAACAAUAUUCCCAAGAACAAAACUCUUUCAACCGAAUUCAAAUUUAAAAACUUUAUGCUAGCUAAUGAGUGGUUAACUUUCCCUUAUGGAUAUUUACCCAUAAUGAAGUUAGCAUCUAGUUUUUCAUUUUGAAUACGGCUGUAAAUUAAAAAAAUAAAAAAUUACACAACCAUUAAGUUUAUUUUAUUGUAUAAAGUUUUUAAAUUAAAAAAAUCUUGCGUAGUAUACAGUUUUAUCGUAGGAACAGAAUUCGAGUGUACGACAUGUGGGCGUAAAUGCGUCGUAAAUACAUUGGAUUUACCCAUAACUGCGUUUUAUUUUGUUUGGAUUUAAAAUAUGUUAAAAUUUUAAAAACAAAAAAAUAAUAUGUACAAUGUACAUAUGCAUGUAUGUAUAUUGUUACGUUUUUACCUUUUAAAAACGUUUGUUUAUUCCCUUUAAAUAAACCGGAUAUUUUUGAUUUCAAAUAUAUGCAGUUUAGUAGUUUAACAAUUGUAACAACUCUUUAUUUAUUCAAAUGUAUAACAACAGUUGAAAUAAUCACUAUGUGUUUUUUAAUACACACUCACUUAAAUUACACUUUAUAAUGUACAAGACAGUUGAUGAUAACUCUUACAGCGCCUAUGAUAAACUCACUGACUACUGCAACCCCAGUCACUAUUUAUACACACUGCCAUCUUCAUCCGAGUAGCCUAGAUUGUUCUUAAUGGUCAAAACUAGUAUAUUCGAAUUCUAGAGCUUUUGAGGUUAAUGUUAGCUGCUUAAACAUGCUAUCAACAUUGUUGAUAAGUAGAAGCUUCUACUGAUGGACAUGUUUUUAACAUGAUGAAUGUUGCUGGCAGUCGUUACAGCAGUAAAUUCAAAUCGUUAUUGAAAAUUCGUAACAAUAUUUUAUUAUUACUAUAAAUACAAGGGACGUAACUGUUAUAAGAGAAAUGAAGAAACAGUUUUAUUUAGCCAUUAACAUUGAUGAAUUCAAAUAAUGGUUAUAAUCAAAUCGUAUAACAAUAUAAAUGAGAAAUAUUUUUCUUAGUUAUGAAUAACCAAACAAAGAUGUUUGGUUACAAAUAAUCAUUAUCAAAAGUAAUUUUAUUUUUCAGUUGUCGCUAUUUUAUAUGUAACGGGGUUUGUAGGUCAAAGAACUUCAAUAUCUUUGACAAAGUAAACAAAACUGGCAGUUUUGUAAGAAAUGUUUAUUCAUUUUAUAAAUAAAAUAUUAUUUGAAUAACCAAAAAAUAUAUGUAUUUCUCAUUAAUAUUGGUUACGGUGAACAAAAUAAUAUAUAUGUAUCUUACGAUAAUGGUGAAACUUUUCUUCCGAAAGAAAAAAAUUAUUACUUUCGGUCUUUAAUAAAUGUAGACUUACAGUGACCGACAAAAGUAUACGUAUGACCAUUAUUUUCGGAAAUCGCGGACUUCUAAACGUAAUGAUGCAGUUUUAUUUUAAAUGCAUUUUAUAUUAAAAUAAAUAUCGCUAAAUUUAUAAUUUAAACUAUUAUUUACAAAAAAUUAAAAGAAUAUUUUGACAAAAGUCUACAUAUGAUCUACACUAAAUAAACAUUUUUCAGGGAAUACAGAUUUUCAUUAAAUUCAAUAUUUCGUUUGGCCACAAGCGUCUGGGCAUCGAAGCAACUAAAUUUUCCAGUUUUGCGGACGUUAUAUUUUGCGAUUCUUCUUGAAGCUUCCCCUUUAGCAUUGGUGCACUAGUAAUAUGCUGUUUUCGGAUCUUCCAUUGUAGAAUCUCCCACCAAGAGUUAAAAUAUCAACCGAUUCUCUCAAAUUUUGUUCCAAAAUGGAUUUGUACUGAUAACGAUCCAUAUUACCCUCAUUAAACACUAACUUUGCCACUGCAGAAGCAGCGACAACACCCCAAUCUAUUACACUGCCACCACCAUGCUUAACUGUAAGUUUUUUGGAUCCAUUGCUGUAUUUGUAUUGCGCCAUAGUGUAUCUGUCCCAUCACUUCCAAAUAUGUUAUACUUAGUCUCUUCAGUGAACAAAACUCGCUUCCAGAAUUCCAUGUCCUUUUAAAUGUGCUGUUGGGCGAAUUCCAAACGAAGAUUGUGAUUCUUUUCGCUAAUUUACGAGGAGUUCUGCUAUAAUAACCAUUACUAUUUAAGGUUGUUUGAAUUGUUCGUGUAUGAACAAUAACUUCUGAACUUGUUGCGAGUUCUUCGGCCAAUUUUGUGGUAUUUACUUUUGGUAUUGUUUGAACUGUAGAUUUAAUAAUUUGCCUUGCAUAUCUGUUAGUAUUCAAAAAAAAUCAGGGUCGUAUGUAGGCUUUUGUAAUUUUUUUUAUUGUUUUUCAUGAUUAAUUUUGCAAGCUUACAUUGCAACAACAUUUUCAUUGGUUGCAUAGAAAUAAAAAUAGAUUUCAAACAAAACUGCAUCAUUAUUUUUUUUAUUUACCGGGUUUUCUUUCAUAAAGUGUUAAAAAUUGUGGUCAUUCCUAGACUUACACACAGUUACUAAAGUAUACGUGCGAUCGACUUUUUGAGCCUUUUUUUUAAAAAUCUAUAUAUAUAAAAAUACAAGGCCUGACUUAUUCAUUCACUCACUCAUGACUGAUGAGUCAGUGAAUGAGUGAGUGAGUGAAUGAAUGAGUUAGGCCUUGUAUUUUUAAAUACAGUAAUUUUGACUUACCUGCACAAUCAACUUUGCACGAUAUUUUGUGCAGAUAAGUUAAAAAUGCAGUUAACCUCUUAUUUGUUUUGAUUUAAUUUUGUAUUAGGCAGCUAAAUUAAAUUUUUUCAUGAAAACCAGUUAUAGCUUCCAAAAGUAUUAUGUAUGCACUUAUCUUAAAUGUGCAGGUAUGAACAAUGCACUUAAAUUAACGAAUUUAUAUGGAGUUUGGUAAAUAAAUAUUCAAAACACAAGUUUUGUGCACUUAUAUGCAAAAUGCUCUUAAGUAAAAGGCAGGUAAGUCAAAACUACUGUAUAUAGAUUUUAAAAAAAAGUCGAUCGUACGUAUAAUUUAGUAACUGUGUGUAUGUCGACAUACUAUUACGUCGUAUACUAUUAUGCCCAUACUGUGCAAUUCUGUUCCUAGCAUUAAGUAAGUUUUAUGAUUUUAUCAAAGUUCAAACUACUACAAACGUAUGUAUGUAUAUCGCUUACAUAUAUUUUAAUUAAAGGAUUUGUUUCUGAAUUUGCACAAUUUAUAUUAUUAUGUAUUUUACUUCUUAUAUUAAGUUAUGUGUUUUUUGCGAUUUUGUUUAUCGUUGGAAUUAUGCAAGGAGAAUCUGAGAAAGUUCUUAUUAUUUUUUUUAUUAUGCAAGGAGAAUCUGAGAAAGUUCUUAUUAUUUUUGUGUAAUCAAAAUACGAAUUGAGAUACAGCCUUACAUUCUUUCUGCAUUAAUCCAUCGAUAUGUUUCAAUUGUCGAUUUAAAUUGUAGUAAAUUAUUUUUGUAGUUAAAUGCUUUUCAUUUUAUUUCUUUGUGUUAAUCAUUCAGUAUUUAUGACUCCUUUGUUUAAAUAAAGAAAUACCAAAUAAUAAAAUUUUUCUGAUUAUGAAUAAAUUAAUUUUAAUUAAAGUUGUGGUAUUUUAAGUUAUUUUUUUUUUUUGUUAAUUUUUAAAAUGUAAAUAUUAGUAAAGUUACGAAAAUAAAGAAGAUUGAAACAAUAAUUAUUAAUUAUGCAAUAAAAACCCAAAAAUGUCAUUAAUGACCGACCAAAAA